UUGUUGCUGCAGUCGACGAAUUCUGUUCAAACGCGACGCACGUGUUAAGCGGACGAAGCAGCUUUUAGCAAAUAUUCAAAGUUAACAAACACCGUGACCUCUAGUAUUAUCUGCCAGAAAAUAAAAACAAAAACAAACGGAAAAAACUAUAAAUAAAAGAAAACAAAUUAAUAUUAAAUAAACGCAGACAAUAACUAAAGACCAAGAACGAAACGUGCCCUCGACCAAAGGAAAUAAAAGUAAAAAAAAAAAAAAAGCGUAAAUAGCACAUUUGCAAUAUUUGUGAGCGGGAGUGUUGGCUGUGUUCAUCUGCUGUCCGUGUCAAAGGUUAGGACUCAUACGAACAUUUUGCACGCCAACUGAAAAGCAAUGCCAACGAAGAAGGUCGUGUCAUCCAAAGAGUACUCCAAGGCCGGCUGGGCAGCUGUUUCGGCAGUUUCUGGUCCUCCAUGGGCGGUGCUGCUGUUGGGCGCCAUUUUGUUUUGCAGCAUCAGCCUUGGGCAUGUCGAAGGCCUCAAGUGCCACAUGUGCGGCCAGUACAACGAGGGCGUGGGCUCGAUAACUCCCUGCACCAACUAUUCCAAGGAGAUUGCGCAUCUCUAUCUCAAGGAAUGCACCAAGAAGAGUGAGAAAUUCUGUGUGAAAUACGUGAGCGAGUUAUCGACUGUGCGCGAUUGUGCUACUGAGUGUGUCGAAAAAGAAAUUUGGGAAACCCAGACCUACUGCUGCACGGAGGAUGGUUGUAACUCCAGUGACCAUGUGAAAUACACCAUAGUUUUGCUGGUCAUUCCAAUCUUUAUAUGGUUAUUUUAGAGGAUAUCAUAAAAGCUUCAAGAGCAAUGUUAUGAUUAUUUCAUAGAUAUUAAAAAUUUUUACCCAUAUUCAUUUUUUUUUUAAUUGACGCCAUUGGAUACUUAUUGAAAACCAUGUUUUGUUGUUAAUAUUUUCAAACAGAAAUUCUGUAAAUGGGACCUACGAAAAAAACGUUUAUCAAAGAAGAAAAAGUAUUAAAGGCUACUUUAAGCAUUCUGUUGCGAAUUUUCAAUUAAUUAAUUGGAAACAAUUUUAUGAAUAUGUUCUUGUGCGAACUUAAUUUUUCCAAAGAAAAAUUUUUUUUAUAUUAAUGGAAUUCUUUAAAUUUAAGGUCAAUUUUUAGAGAGUAUAAUGUUAUAGCUGCUCUGCCCUUUGAUUUUAAUUUAUAGCUAAGUCUCCAAAUAAGUCGAAUUAUCCGAUUAGAAAUAGCUUAAUGUGAAAAUUCUGAAAUUAUAUGAAUUGACUCACAUAUAGAAAUUACAAAAUUCAAUAAAAAACAUGCCAAAUUACGAAAAACAGUAAUAAGAUAAAUGUGUCUAAAAACGUAUUAGGUAUGAUUAAUAAAUGUGCAUAGGAAUAACCUACUGCAAAAAAAGAGCUAAAGUAUGAAAUGAAUAAUUAGUAUAAACAAAAAUAUAGAAAAUGUAUAGCAUGUUUAAAUUGCUGGUAUAUUAUAACUAAAAUAAUGUAGAUAUAGUUUGCUGCUCAGUUGAUUGCGAGUUGCAAAACAACGUAACUUUCUUUACUGCAGAGUUUGUCAGUUUAUGACAGCACGGGCUAAAAAAAGGCUAACAUACUUCUUGCAUGAGCAGAAAAUAUAUAGAAAAGAAGUCAAUGGUUUCUCGGUGUUUAUUGUCCGAUCUUUAUUAUUAUUCAGUGAUAUAAGGAAUGGUAUUUAACUGUGUGUAAAUAAUGAAUAUAUAAGUAUCCAAAAAGGAGAAUAUUCUAGAUCUGUGUAUACCACAAGAAUAAAAUAAUAGAGUAUAUAUAUUCGAAAUUUGGUCUUUCCAGCUCAAAUAUGUGCCUAAAAGCUGAAUUUUGAUAUCGACUCUUAUCGAUUUCAUAACCAAUGGGACAAGUUGUCGUUUAUUUGAAACAAAUUUAAUAUAUGUUCAAUAUUUUUAGGGUCUAGAUGUUAAAUCUCUGAGAUCGACGUGUUUAUACAUAUUGAUGGACACACAGACUGGCGGACUUUUAUUUUGACAGGUUUUGAUCAAAUAUAGAAGAAGCUAUACAACAAGUUUGGUAUAAUUAGAGCAUAUAAUUUUAAAGUUAUGUUCAAUAUAUUCGGAAUGGGAUAAGAUAUCGGGGAAAAAAAACAAUCUAGUCGUGCGUGUGGUAUACGAGAACAUUCAAUUCAAAUUUCAUGUGUUUAGCUUUGUAUUUUCGUAGUAAGUAUAUCGAAACGUUCAUAUAGACGGACGGACAGGCGGACAAGAAUAGCUCGAUUCAGCUCGUUCUGAUCAAGAAUAUUAAACUCAGCGGGUUCAUUUUCAUUUUAGCUGUACUGUAACUGACAAGCCCUGCAUUAAUGAUAUUUUCCAAAUGUUAACAUUUGAAUUUGUAAUACUACUCAAUCACUAAAGUCGCGGGGAGUAUUCUUUGGGGUUUGUGUCUUUGUACUUUGAUUUGUUAUAUUUUUUAGUAUAAGAAAUUACUAGCGCUGUUCAAUUUGUUUGUUUUCGAAACUAGCAUAUAUCCAUUUUGUUUCUUGCUAAGCGCUUUAUAGAAAAAAAUUAACUUACUACUUACAAAUACCCAUAUCUAAAAAGUAAUUUUAGGGUGAUGUGAAAUAUAAUUCAAAUUAAGCAGAUUAUUAUCUGAAAAGUUUUCACUAUAUUUGUAUAAGAAAUUCUAACUUAAAAUAAUCGAAGAUUAAAGUUAGUCGAAAAUUAAGCAAUAAUUUGGAGAAUAUCAUGUAAUAGUUAACAACGUAUAGGCAAAAAAUUAGAAUUUAUUAUAUUGGAAGAUUUGUAAAAGCAAUUUGUAGCUAAUCAAAUGUAAAAAAAAGUUUACUAUUUCCUACAAAAUGAGCACUUAUGCAUUUCAAUUAAAAUUUAUUUAAAAUCUUAAAAUAAUAUAUAUUAAUUAAUGUGUCCAAAGGGCAUAUAGGAACAGUAUAAAACUAUUUUAAUCAAUAUUUCUAUCAGAUAUAAAAAUUUCCUAAUAAAAAAA